UUCCUUUGAGGAGGACGGUUCUUUUGUUUACUUUCUUUUUUCUCUUCAACAAUGUCUAAAGUUAAUCAUCUGAGAGAGUUUAUCGGUCAGCGACUAACAGCAGCUGCUGUAGAAAUAUUCUCAGUGUUUGAAAAAACCAUCUUGGAGUAUGAAGAAGAGCUGGACCGUCAGCGCAGACUGGUGGACCUCGCCUGUAAACCCGAAACAAGACUACACAGAAUCGACCUCCCACAAGAAAAUGUUUGUAAGGUGGAGGAGGACGGGGUUUUCAGUGAUCAGCACCUCGAUAACCUGGAGAGGAGCUGCAGCCCGGACCAGGAGGAACCAGGGAAUCCACAGACUACAGAACUGGAGGAAGACUCCAGCAUUCAGGAGGUGAAGCAGGAGGAAGUACAGGUGGAUGUCUCAAUGGUCAAUCUCGCUGAUGUGAAAGUUGAAAAUGGUGAACCAGGACCAAACUGUGACCAGCUGCUGUUUCACACUUCUCCCGAAGUUGAAAACAAAGAUGAGGAAGGAACUGAAAGUUUACGCUCAGACUCCAGUAAAACUGCAGAUCUGGAGCCAAUGAGACGACACAGUGACCACGAAGACGCUGCUGUCCCGUCAGACAGCAACUGUAAAUCAAAGCUGACCAGCACCCACACGGGGAAGGAAGCAUUUUCUUGCAGCAUUUGCAGGAAAGAGUUCAGUAAAAGUAGUAUUUUAGUGGAACACAUGAAGAUCCACACUGGUGAAAGGCCGUACCUGUGCAACACCUGCGGAAAAUUGUUUAGAAAAUCAUCAACAUUCACGAAGCAUAAAAUGAUCCACAUGGGCGAGAAGCCCUACGUCUGCAAAACAUGUGGAAAAGGUUACGGGCAUAUUUCCAACCUGCUGGUUCACUCGAGGACCCACACGGGUGAAAGGCCAUACCAGUGCAACACCUGCGGAAAAACCUUUACUUUAUCGUCAGUGCUUAAACGUCAUAUAUACACGCACACGGGCGAGAAGCCCUACAUCUGCAAAACAUGUGGAAAAAGUUACAGUCUACGUUCCACCCUGGUGGUUCACUCAAGGAUCCACACCGGCGAAAGGCCGUACCUGUGCAACACCUGCGGCAAAACCUUUACUAAGUCAUCAGCUCUUAAAAGCCACAUAACCACGCACACGGGCGAGAAGCCGUAUUUGUGCAAGACGUGCAAUAAAGGUUUUACACGCAGAAGAUAUUUGUUGAGUCACAUGAAAAAGCACCCAGAGGAGAAGUCUGGUGACUCGUGACAAAUGAAGCUCAUGUUGUCGUCCUCCGGGGGCAGCUGUCCACUCCUGUCUGACCCACAGAAGAACUUGACGCAGAGGGAACGAUGUGGUUGUGUACUUUUUUUAACGUUCUGCAUUGAGGUUGUUUGAUUCCCUGCUCCUUCUUAAAAUCGUAUUUGUUGCUGUUGGUAACUUACCAUCUCCACGGUGCAAAUAAAACGCUGUCAGUAUGUGCUAAAGUUUCUUUAAACGUGACAGUUUAUUUAGUUCAUCUACAAAGCCUCUCACAUGUCCUUUUUCCCGUCUGUUUCUUCUUCACCCACAUUCUCUUUGUAAAGUUAAUCUGCAGCUCCAUGUUGUUAAAUUCUCUCCAUCUGCUCCGUUCAGAGGUUAGCCCAAGUUUAAUUUUUUUUUUUUUUUUUUUAUAUAUUUUUAUCCCCAUUUCUUUUCCCCCGUUUUAUCACCCAGUGCUCCUACCUAAGUGACAGUCCUGGGCAUUGCUCUCCGUCUACCAACCCCGGGAGGGCCCUGCACUGAGCUCAGGUCUCCUUCUUAUCCUGAGGAGUGAACAGGCCGCUUCUUUUCACCAGACAGGGUGGGGUUUCUCUGGCCGGACGUAGCGCGUGGAAGGAUCACGUUAUUCCGGCCAGAUCCUCCCCCACCCCAUCUGGCGCCCCGGUUGGCCAGAGGGGGCAUGUAUAGCCCAGACUGUGUGCAUGUUUUUGUGAGGGUAGCUCACAUUACCUACCCAAGGGAACACGGGGAGAACAUGCAAACUCCACACAGAAAGGCCCUUUCACCAACCCCACCCAGGGUGUGGGCGCUGAAGUCAUGGGGAAACUUAAUACGCACUUCAGCGCCCACAGCGUCCCCGGCCCAGAGAAAAGAGGACAAAAGAAAAAACGCAACAAAGUCAGAAACAGAACCGCCAACCAACUGUCACCAUUUUAUAAACAUUAAUGUCUGCAGCAUUCAACAAAAAGCCUUGACGAUUUCAGAAGUCAGUGCAGUCAUAUACAGUUUGCUUUUAUUUCCCCUUUAAAAUCUUUUUAUUGAUUUAGAAAACAAGAACAUUUGGUUUGCAAAUCAAUGAGGUAAUUAGUGGUGUGGGAUACACAUCACGGUACUUGAGUCUCGAUACAAUAUGAUAUUGCGGUAUCCAAAUUUUGCAAUACAUUGUGAUGUUAUACAUAGUUCGCUGAAAACUGUAAAAGGCUUUAUGCAUUUUAAAAUCUGAGCUGCACGUACAUCAGAUUAUCUUGAUAAUUCAUGGGACAAACUGAGUCAAAACAAAGCAAUUCAAAUGAUCCAUGCUGUGUUAUUGUAACUAUACAAGCUAAAGUUACAACAUAUUUGUAUACAUUUUUCAUAUUAUUUACAUAAUAUGAAAUUAACAAUAUUAUUUAAUCACAUAUAUAUACAUUCAAGUUGUACUAGAUUUACAACUCGUCUGACACGUGAUUUAUUAUAAAGCUGAUGUUGAGAUCCGUCUUGAAGCUGCAGAUCUGCAGGUUCGAGAGCUGGAAGAAGGAGGAUCAUCGGGAUCAGAUUCCAGGAAGAGGACAAACUUUGGAUUUAACCCCUUUCUUUUUUUUAAUCACUUUAUUUAUCCCCUAAGGGCAAUUUAAAGGGCAUGACAGCAGCUUAAGGACAUACAAACAAACACACAGUUGCACAUAACAGAUAUUCAACAUUUAAAAUAUGUGUUUUUUAAAGUGCACUUAGCUUUCUGGGGUCUAAAAAAGGUUAAGAUGAGUUAAAAAAAAAAAAUAGAUUGAUGAUAAAAAUAGAUUAAGAUGCUGAGUUUAGGAGCUGGACAGCUCCAGAUCCUGCUUGCUGUCCUUAUUGUCUGUUGGUCACACGGAGCAGUAAGAGUUCUUACAGGCUGCCCGAUGGUUUUAGAGCAGACCUUCACUGUGCCCAACAGGCGGUUUCUGUACUGCAAUGUCAUCGAAUAAAUCAAUCAAUCAA